AUGGGAUCAAUCGCAACUCAAUAUACUCCCUCGGAGUCUAAACUCUUCAAACCCUUACAAAUAGGCAAUUGUCUUCUUCAAAACCGCAUUGUUUUCCCUCCUUUGACUCGCCUCCGCAACGAUGAUGAUCACGUUCCAUUGCCGCUCAUGGAAAAGUACUACGCCGACCGUGGGUCUACCCCCGGCACUUUGGUCAUCGCAGAGGCCACGGCCAUUUCACACGCCGAAGAGGGCAACUGGAACAACCCUGGCUUGGUCAGCGACCAACAAGUUGAAGGAUGGCGCAAGAUUAUUGAUGCGGUCCACGCCAACAAGUCGGUCUUUUUCCAGCAGAUCUGGGCUAUGGGGAGAGCAGCUCAUCCCGAUGUGCUGGCAACUCGAGGAUUCCCCUAUAGAUCCAGCAGUGCCGUAGCCAUGAAGAACUCCGAAAUCACCCCACGCGCUAUGACGGAAGCUGAGAUUCUGGAGACUAUUCAGGGCUUUGUUGACACUUCCAAGCGUGCCGUAUUGGCUGGUGCAGACGGAGUUGAGAUCCAUUCCGCGCAUGGCUACUUGCUCGACCAAUUUCUCACAUCAAGUGUCAACCUACGUACCGAUAAAUGGGGUGGGUCCAUCGAGAAUAGAUCUCGACUCACGCUUGAGGUUGUCCGAGCUGUUGUCCAGGCUAUCGGUGCUGAAAAGGUGGCUAUUCGGUUCUCUCCUUACGCUGGGUUUCAAGGGUCCGAAAAGACCGAUUAUCUGGAGCUUUACACCUAUCUCCUCACGGAACUCAAGAAAAUGAAUGUCAAAUUUGCUUACUUGUCUCUCGUUGAGGCGACUGGUGAUCCUGGGGCUUUGAUUUGGAACGAUAAGGCGAUUCACCAGGAAAAGUCACUGGACUUUAUCCUCGAUGAGUGGAACAAUCUCUCGCCGGUCAUCGUUGCAGGUGGCUAUCAACCAGAUACAGCUGCUUGGGCAGUGGAGGAGAAGUACAAAAAGUGGGAUGUUAUGGUCGCUUUUGGUCGCCAUUUCAUUGCCAAUCCUGACUUGGUUUUCAGAGUCAAGGAGGGUCUUCCUUUGACAAAGUACAACCGGGCGACGUUCUAUAGUCGCAAAGCAUGGGAGGGCUACAAUGACUAUCCAUUUAGCCCGGAGUUUUUAAAGGCGCAUCCAAAUGCUGUGCAUCCAAUGAUUGAGAAAUAG